AUGCAGUUUAUAUCACUCCGCAUAACAUUUCUUCUUACAUUAAUUGUUCAAUCAAGCAUAUCGGUUCCAGUUCCUGCUAAACCUAAAUUAGGUAAGGCUGACCAUGUCCUAGGUGAAAAUGGUGAUUUACAAUCUGCAAACACGGGUAUUGCAAGAUGGGCUGUACGAUCUAAACUUGACGGAGCGUCGUCUGGUAACAAUAUGGGGCAUCAGCAUUCGAACCAGAAUCUGACGACUGGUGUUGAACGUGAACAGCUGCUUGGUAUGUAUCACGUUUUUGAGGAUUUUGCUCCUCACAAUACAAUAUCUGUUGGCGGUUACUGGAGUAAUGUGAAUAUGACUGGUAAUUUAUAUUGUGAGAUGGAAAAGGUACCUAUUUGCCAAGAGCUAAGUGCUGUAAAUGAACAUCGUCGAUGUUUUCGAUAUCAAAACGAGAAUGAACGAUUAAAUUAUGGCUCACUGUUGUUAAAUACUAGUGAUAUUAAAAUAGUUACACCCGAUAGAAAAAUGUAUUUGUUACCAUUUCCACACCCAUUUAAUAUAACAGUUGUUAAAACAACACCUAUAGCUGGCUGUCAAAACAAUCCAAUUACAUGUCAUCCGAUUGUUUCAAAUGGGUGCCUGGUAUACGUAUGUCAUGUGUUACAGAAUACAAAAGCAUUUCAGGUAACAGUUAAUACUGAGGGCAAUUUAGGUAUUGUUGAUAUGAUCGCUAUAUGUCAUUACGAAACAGCACAAUUUAUUCCUGCACAUGUUGCGUUUCGAUUAUUGAAUAAAGCUCCGGGUGAUGUUGUUUGUCAUUUUGUUGGUGUCCCAAAUCAUUUGAUGUGUAAAAAUGAGAAGCAACAACCUUGA